UCUCUAUCUUUUUCUCAGUCAGUCACCCCAUAGUCCACACCGGUAAAUCGUAAUUCGGUUAUUUCAAAAAUCUCGAAGUAAAUAUUAAAUAAUUCCUAACUGUUAGUUAUUAGUAAAGUUUAAAAUAAUUUGAAUUUUAAAAAGAGAAAAUGUCAAAAAAAUUACCAUCUCCUAUUUUCACGUUGAAAUGUGAAAAAUUUACUCCAUACUGCUUGAAAUUCUAUUUAGAUGGUGAAAUUCUCUAUGUUGGCACUUUAAACGGAGAAAUUCUUGUCUGGAACCUAGAGUCCAAUCGUUUAAAAAACGAAAUUAAAGCUGGCACAGCGUGUAUAAUGACCCUAGAACUGUUGACCAAACAAAAUCAAUUAGUGUCGCAAAAUAAAGUCGGCGAAAUAAAAUUUUGGCAGAUAGAUGGUAUCGAACUCAAACUCCAUCAUACAUUAUCAACCCAAAUAAUUGGAUUUUGUAAAUUGGCCUUGUACAAAACAAAUAUGUUAUUGUGCAAAGGAGAAAAGUCUACAAUGAACUGUUAUUCUACUGACAGUUACGAUAAAAUUACUGAAUUUAAUCCUCACCAAGACAACAGUUUGGGAGAUUUGAUGGCCGUAAAACCUAUUGGUGAUUAUAUAUUUUGUGGUUAUGAAGCUAAUAUAGUUGUUGUGUGGCAGGAAGAUCAUAUUGUCAACCAGUGUAGCUUUCCCGAACUAGAAUGUUUGAUGGCUCUGGAUGUGGAUCAUAAUGUGACCAAAGGUAUUUGUGCUGGUAGCUCAAAUGUGAUAAACACAUUUGAUAUUACAGAGGGUAAUCUAAGCUUAAAUAAAAGCAUUAAGAUUACAAAUCCUGGUGUUAAUGUUUUGCAGUUAAGACCUGAUGAUAAAAUAGUCGCUGCUGCCUGCUGGGAUCUAACCGUAAGACUAUUUUCUUGGAAAACCAUGAAACUGUUAGCGGUUUUGGAUUCCCAUUCAUCUGGAGUCUUAAGUAUUGCAUAUUCCGAAUUGUCAGUAACAUUUUGGAAAGCUAAGUACUUGCUGGCUGUUACAAAUAAAGAUAACAAAAUCACUCUCUGGGAUGUCUACAAUGGAAAAGAUAAAGAUUGACUCAUAUUAACAUAUUAGUACUUCCAUAUUUCAAAGUGAUGCCAGUUCAUGGGAAAGUACAAAUUUUCAAAACAAAUUAUAUACUUUAUAGUCAAUAAAAUGUUUUAGAAAAUUGAAAAUGAAGCAAUUUGAUUACUAUAUAAAACACUUAGCAGAGUGUAUUUUUAUGUUAUGAACUUAUGAAGAACAUUUUUAAGUGGUUUUUUUUUUAACAAUAAAAACUUGAGAUUGAUUCGAGAUUUACAUUAAAAUAUCUAAAGAAAUUAUUUUUAAAAUGUAUUACAUUAUUUAGUUGUGAAAAAUAACUAUAAAUUUAUUUAUAAAAAACUGUUUUUUUUUUUAAUUCUAGUGUUUCAUGCUAUUCAAUAUUACUUGUAUAUUUGAGAUGGAUAAAUCAAAAUUUAAUAUUUAAUGUGUAAAUAAAAAGACACAAUAACCAUGAUAUAUGAUAAUAGAUUUUUGACAGAGUUCUUUGUAAUUCAUAUAAUCUUCAGUUCAAUGUACAACUGUAUGUCGUUUUGUAAUGGGUACUGAAUAUCAGUUUUACCACAUUAUUUUAAACUUUAAAAUUUUAGGGGGCAUUCCUGAAUUCAAUAAGGGGUACUUCUAUAUCUAUUGCAUUCUCAAAAUUUAAACCUGUAUAACUAUAUAAAUAUAUAUUUUAAUAAAUACAGUAUAUUUUUUUUGUUGCAAAAAUAUAUGAAUGUUUUAUAGAAUAA